AGUAUUUUUUUGACGUUCGCCCCCGCCUUUUCAAUUUUAACGGGGAGCAUUACUGGACUUCACAAAAGAAGACUUUUAACUGUUUGAUGAUGCAUCUGAAAAUAGUCAAGUGUGCUGGCUUAAGAUGGUAUUACCGUGGUUUCCUCUUCUCGUUUGUGCAAUUUCUGCUGAAGAAUGCAAGGGUGCUACAAAAGAUGGUUAUCAAGGUAGAUUGUCUACCGCAUAAGGAACUUUUCCAGGUAGCACAAAAGUUUUUAAGUUUUCCAAGAUCCUCUCCCAAUGCAGUAAUUAUGUUCAAUUAGUGAAAUGGACAACUCAAGCAGAAACAGAGUGCUUUUUUGUUUGUUUGUUUUGUUUAUAUUAAAAGACAGAAUCUUAGCAACUCUGUUAUGUGUGAGCUAUUGGAUAUAAUUGUCUAGGGGUCGCACGUUAUAAACUGUACUAUGCAGGAAGAUUAUAUAGUUUCCCUAGGUUUUUGAACAUGGGCUUGUUCUGUUCAAUGAGAAUUUUGCAAGUAGUCUGGAGUUGAAGUUGAUCCUAA